ACAUUUUACAGCAGAUGAGUGGCUGUGAGUGGGAUGAUGCGACUGGAGAGUUGAGUGGUUUUAUGCAGUUUGGCUACGACGGGGAAGACUUCCUGGUAUUCGACCUGAAGACAUUGACUUGGAUUGCUCCGAAACAACAGGCUGUUGCCACCAAAAUGAGAUGGGAUACUUCUGCUGAAAUAAAAUACACUGUGCACUAUCUCACUCAGAUGUGUCUUGAGUGGUUGAAGUUGUUUCUGACCUAUGCCAAGAGCUCUCUGCAGAGAACAGACCCUCCCUCAGUGUCUCUCCUCCAGAAGACUCCCUCCUCUCCAGUCAGCUGCCACGCUACAGGUUUCUACCCUGACAGGGCCGUGAUGUUCUGGAGGAAAGAUGGAGAGGAGAUUCAUGAAGACGUGGACCACGGAGAGAUCCUUCCCAACCACGAUGGAUCCUUCCAGAUGAGUGUUGACCUGAAUGUUUUAUCAGUCACAUCUGAAGACUGGAGGAGGUACGACUGUGUGUUUCAGAUCUCUGGUGUGAAGGACAACAUCAUCACCAAACUGGACAAAGCAGUGAUCAGGACCAACUGGGAAGAACCCAGCGUCAUGACCGUCCCCAUUGUCGCUGCAGUGGUUGUUCUUGCUCUCGUCCUCAUCGCUGCUGCUGGAUUGAUGGCUUACAGAAAAAAGAAAACCAAAUGUACUACAAUUGGGGUCAUUGUGGGGAUCAACAGAACCAAAACUGACACCAAACGGGACAGUCCUGACAUCAAGUUACACCUGAAGACUGGAGGAGGUUCGACUGUGUUUCAGUUGUCUGGCAUGAAGGACGACAUCAUUACCAAACUGGACAAAGCAAAGAUCAGGACCAACUGGGGUAAGAAUGAGAUUAGACUUGAAAAAGUAACGAAGCUCAGUAACAUUCCCAUCCCGAUAACUGCUGCAGUGGUUGUUCUUGCUGUCGUCCUCAUUGCUGCUAUUUUACACCUGAAGACUGGAGGAGGUUCGACUGUGUUUCAGUUGUCUGGCAUGAAGGACGACAUCAUUACCAAACUGGACAAAGCAAAGAUCAGGACCAACUGGGGUAAGAAUGAGAUUAGACUUGAAAAAGUAACGAAGCUCAGUAACAUUCCCAUCCCGAUAACUGCUGCAGUGGUUGUUCUUGCUGUCGUCCUCAUUGCUGCUAUUGUAUUUUUUGUUUACAAAAAGAAGAAAGUCAUGUUGGAGUCUGGGGUUUUGUUCCAUGUCUUUGUCAACUGA